AGAAUUUCAGCUUCAUUACUCAUCUCUUCUGAAUACUAUAAAUCCAACUUAAACUCUGAAUGAUUCAUUAUUAAAGGUGUGUAUAUACUACUGGGAUAACCUGAACAACAAAGUAAGACGACAAACUUACCAUCCAGGGAAGAAGAACUUGCAAACUUUUUACAGUAAAAUACAGAGCUAUUAAGGAAAUCCUUCUUCGAAAUGUACUAUUCCUGAAGACAAGACAAGGGAACAUUUGAGAAUAAAUUUGAACUCUUAGAAAUGUCUCCUGAAGCAGGACUGAAUUUGCAUAGUUUAAUUUCUAACGGGCAUUAACAUAGUCCAAAGAUCCCCUUCUACUUAACAGAUUUGGUAAAAUAAUUUUCUCGUUCUUUUCUGGAUAUAUUUCUCAUUUUCAUUAUUUUCCGUACUACCACUGAUGGAAAACAGCGAUUCAUUCUUUGCAAUCAUUUUACACGUACUGCUAUUGUGUAUUGGCAUGGUUAUUGUGUUGAUUCGUUAUUUUGUAGAAAGAAAAGGAAAAAAAUCAAUUUAUCAUCAGAUAGGUGACAAGAUUGACUUCUCCUCUUCUGAACUACUGGAACACAAAAACUUUGCAGAAGUAAUUGUGAAAAAAUUAUUAAAGAAGAUGCAAGAUCUGUCUGUUGCAGGAGACCCUCAUAUAUCUAGUAAUAUUAUUGGGAUCGGUAGUGCUUUUGAAAAUUUGAAGGUCAAACCCCAAAUACAAUUUGACUUUAUUGUUCUAAUUUCUCUCCCUUUUCAAUAUGUAUCACAAUGUAUAAUUGAUGAAGAUGAUAUACCGAAUGCAUAUGGGAAGAUUCUGGUCUCAAAAGACUGGUUUGUUAAUUUGGUGAUAACAGUAUGGUAUGGAAGGCAAUGUGACUUUCUGGGCAAAAUGUGUAACAGAAACUACCUUUCAGCUAAGGCUGUCCGUGAAAGGUUCCGUUCCUUAGCUGACAUGGCAAUGAACAUACUUAAUGAAGAAGAAGAAUAUAUAAACCUUACGUUUUUACAGCAGGGGCCUACUCUGAAAAUUGAGAGAAGAGGAGCACCAGAAAUUUUAGUUGAUUUGGUCCCUGCACUGAAAGAUGAUAGCAUUUACCUUGUAGCAAAUGUAUAUGGAGGAGAGUUUGAACUGGAUCACUGUAAAGAUGUUUUGUGGAGACUGUCUUUUUCCGUUCAAGAAAAAGCAUUUUUGGAACAGAAGGAUUUGAUUUUACCUAAGAACGCUUGUCAUAAAAGAGCCCUUCAGAUCCUGAAGUAUUUGAAACAAGAAGAGAGGAAUUCAGAAACACCCCCACCAUUAUGGUGCAGAAGACUGAGCUCUUACCAUUUAAAAACAGUUUGGCUCCAUCAGUUGCAUAAGACACGCACAGGUCAAUGGGAUGAGACUCUUCUGGAAGAAAGGGUCUUAGAGCUACUGGAUCAUUUGAUUCAUCAUUUGGAAUUACAAACUCUCCAUCAUUUCUUCUUGGGAAACACAAAACUGAUUAAGCAGGCUGGUUCACUGUGUAUACCUAAGCAUUUUCUAAGGAAAGGUUUAAACUACAAUUUAUAUGAUGAAAUUCAUCACAAAACAAUAGCCCAGUCUAUAUGUGAGCUCAAGGAAUUGAAAAAGAAUAUAAAUUUGCAUAUGACAUAUGUGCUUUCAAAUCUCUCAGCAAGACAUUAAACAUAUGCCAAUGGCAGAAGUCAUUGGGUCAAGAAGUAAAUUAGUUGCAAUACUUUUAUUUUCAUAAUCAUAAGUGGCCAUGCAAAACAUAUGCAAUAUUAAUAAUGCUUUUUACUUAAGUGAUACGUCUUGUUGCAGCAAGUGAUUGAAACCUAUAACUAUCUUUAGGGCUGUCUACAAGCAGAGAAAUGCCAUCUUUUUUGCUAAUAGCCUAGCAUUUGCUUUAAUACCACAAUCAUAAUGAAAGUGGCUAUUGAGAUAUACUGUUAAAUAGAUUCCAUUUUAUGAAUAAAUAAAUUUUCUGUGCUCUUGAAUACA